GGCUGCACAAAAUUCAGCACAUCCGCGGACGGACAGUGCCGGCGCAAUUCAAUUCUAGGCACUCUACGUAUCACCCAGCACUUUUUACCGCCGGCGCGCUAGUCAUCACAAACCUGCGAACCAUCAAUACCCAACUUCGCAACAACUCUCCAUUUUUUCUUUCUGAACUUGAACAUUUUGGUCAUGCAACUGGCGUUUGGGGUAGGAAGGGGCAAGAGCAGGUAGAGAGACGAUCGUCUAGCGCGAAGCAAUGUCUCGCCCUCAAGGUAUUUUGUGGACAAAGCCUAAGUGGGAUCAUGAUUCACGAUGAUCAUCGAUGCUCGGACGUGGCGAUGCGUUCCCACGAUCACCUAUUAUCUUCCUGGCGCAUUCAAAGUUACUUCUGCCGGAAGCCCCUGCCUCACGGUCUUCAGGUGCUUCACAUCAGCACAGAGGUCAGUGUACUGCCAAGUCGUAGCCAGCAGACACUCCCGCUUCGCCACUUGUCCGCGCUCCUUUAGUAAGAUCGUCAUAAUGUCUCGACCCAAGCGGAUCUCUACCCUCCCUCCUUCCCUUACCCUGCACCACCCUUCGUCGUUGCCCUUGUCAAAUAGCCUUCUUCCACACUGCGAUUCGAUAUCCUUGUCUUGUUUUUUCUCUCGAAAUCGGCACCUCAUAAGGUACUCAGCCACCUUCUCUUCCUCUAGCAAAUCUCAUGACCUCGAAAAUCGCAUCUGCGCGAGAUCCGCGCGCCAAAAAGCAGGCCUGCGACCUGCUCGAACGGCAAGCGUCGAGGCGGAUUGACUCGCGAAGGGUCGUCAAGUCUUCGCUCGGAUUUGCAAGCGUCGUGGCACGUGUUUGAGGGUCAACAUGUGGUCCGACGCGUUUCAUUCAAGAUUUUGAGAGCCACGCUCGCACUUGAUCAAGGGCACAGCUCC